CAUAUGGUUUGGUAAAGCUACAUCACCGAUGAGGACACGGAGAAAGAAACAGAGAAAGAGAGAGGCGAUGAAAUAGAGAGGGAGGAUGAGGCGUGGGACAAUGAGAAAGAAACAGAGAAAGAGGCAGAAACGGUAAACACUGCAUCGAUUGGGCAUAAUAAGAAAUCAAAGAGUUUCAAAAUACGAUUUUGCAGACCCAAAACCUUGGCAGAACGGUAGUUUUGUGCUGCUCUUAUUCAUUUAAGGGAUUUUUAGACGUUAUCAACCUCCUUACACCGGACAUUUUUGCAAGAAAUGUGCUGGAACAAAUUGAUAGUCAUGGAUGAAUGUCCACUGUCACUCCCUGGAAAUUCACAUUCUAUGCCAAAUGCUCAAGCUCCUCAAUCCCAAUACGAUUCUAUUGAGGCUGAUGGCCAAUUUGAAAUUGUUAAUGUUCCAAUUGAAUUGGAGGAUGACGAGGAUGAUGAAGAUUACAAUUUAAGUGAUUUUUUUGAAUCUGAUGAUGAUAUAAAUGAAGAUUUUGGUAUGGAGGAUGAUGGAAUAAAUAGAGCAAUUGGGGGCAAGCAGCUUGAGGGAGUUUGGAAUGGUAAAGAAGGCUCAGACCAUAGGGACAGUGAUGAGUCGAGGAGUGUAGAAGGGUCAUUUGAUGAUGAAGGGAAUUCGAGGCCUAGGUUCCUUGAGUUACUGGCAUGAAAAAUAAAAAGCUAAUAAAGGAUCUCAAAUUUGCAUCACAUGUAGUCUUCAAGGAGUCACUCAUUUGAUAUUUAAAUUCAUGGCAAAUUGAAAUCCUUUUAAUAAUACUAAUGGAGCUAAUAUACUUUUGUUUUUCAAUAUUGCUGGGAAAGUGUAAUUAUUGAUUCAUUGAGUACUAUUUUUUGGCAAACAAUGUACCAUUUGUAAGCACUCAUUGAUAUUUCAAUUCAUGGCAGAUUAAGACAUUCA